CUGAUUUCUUUUCGUCAUGGCUUCAGCCAUACCAACACCUCACAACAGCCUUUACCCAACCAGACCAAUGGUCCAGAUAAUAACGAUGACACCAAGAAAAUCAGCCCACAAGAUUUCUCAAAUGAUUACGGUGAAGAUGAGGAACGUUUAGUUAUCGAUUUGUUCCGGGAAUACAAUUCCCUUAUACGACCAGUACAGAACGUAAGCAGCCCUCCAGUAACAGUGGAUUUCGGUGUGGCAAUGAUUCUUCUGAUCAAUGUGGACGAGAAGAACCAAAUUCUCCAGACCAAUGUGUGGCUCACCAUGAAAUGGAACGAUUUUCAACUACGAUGGCAUCCAGAAGAUUAUGGAAACAUCACAAAUCUUCACGUUCCUCCUGAUCGCGUCUGGUUACCCGACAUUGUGCUCUUCAACAAUGCGGACGGCAACUACGAGGUAUCCUUCCGAUCGAACGCCUUUGUCGAAUCCAACGGUGAUGUUACUUGGGUACCUCCGGCAAUGUUCAAAAGCAGUUGUCGCAUUGAUGUUGAAUGGUUUCCAUUUGAUGAACAAAGUUGCACACUUGUGUUCGGGUCAUGGACAUAUAACUUAGACGAGGUAGUGCUAAACUGGUAUAACAAUAUUCAAGCCGUGCAACUAACUGACUACUCCUUCAGCGGGAUCUGGGAUGUUAUCGAUGUGCCAGGCUACUUGGUUAACAAGAAGGAGACUAAGGAGAGUAAAAUCGUGUUCCACGUGGUCAUCCGAAGGAAAACCCUAUUCUACACAGUGAUUCUGAUCAUUCCUACAGUACUGAUGGCUUUUCUGUCAAUGAUGGCAUUCUAUCUACCAGCGGAUUCUGCAGAAAAGAUCUCACUCACUAUAAACCUUUUACUCGCUUUGGUUGUGUUCCUUUUACUGGUAUCCAAGAUUCUACCUCCCACAUCGAAUAUUCCGCUUAUGGGCAAGUAUUUACUACUAGCAUUUGUUCUUAACAUCACUACUGUCAUAGUUACGGUGGUGAUAGUUAACGUCUACUUUCGAAGUGCUAUCUCCCAUGAGAUGCCAGAUUACGUACGACACAUAUUCCUUGACUUCUUGCCUCGAGUACUGAUGAUGAGGAGGCCAGAGAGGAUUCCAAUCUUCAACGGAUACUUUGUAGAAGAGUAUUCUGCCUGUGAUAUAUUGAAUGCGAGCCUCGUAAUGCCUUCUGUAACAGCUACAAUGGUGCCGUUUAUGCGGGAAACCCAUCACCAAAAUUGCUCGAAAUGGCGAAAAAUAACAAAAAAGCUAUCCAUCAAAAAGAAGCGAACACACGAGCACGUUCAAGAGUCCUCUCUGGAUGACCAAAAUGCCAACCGUGAGACGCAUGCAGCAAGAAUUACCCGAGAAAUGAAGACGACCGUUGAGGCGAUCGCCUAUAUCGCGGAACACAUGAAAUGUGAAAUGAAUGACAAGAAGGUCCGUGAUGACUGGAAGUACGUGGCUAUGGUUAUCGACCGAUUGCUUCUUCUCCUAUUUUUUGGCAUCACACUGGCUCUUUCAACGCUAGUGCUCUGCUCAUUCGACGAAGAUAAGCUGGUGACGGAUCUUUUCAACGGCUACAAUUCACUUAUACGCCCGGUACCGAACGCCUCUUCACCUCCGAUAGAAGUGGCCUUCAGUUUGGCACUGGUGCUUCUGAUCAACAUCGACGAGAAGAAUCAGAUUAUGCACACAAACAUGCGAUGGGAUCCAAGAUUCUAUGGAAACAUCGAAACGAUCCGAGUUCCACCUGACAAAGUCUGGCUUCCUGAUAUUGUACUAUUCAACAAUGCUGAUGGCAACUACUUGGUGUCGUUUUACUCAAAUGUCGUUGUCGAGCACACCGGAGAAAUGCUGUGGGUCCCUCCAGCUGUGUAUAAGUCAAGUUGUAUCAUCGACGUUGAGUAUUUUCCAUUUGAUGAACAAGUCUGCUCACUGACGUUUGGUUCGUGGACAUUCAAGAAGGAAGAGGUGCAGAUCUCAUACUUGAUGGGAAAGAAACAGGUGGAGUUGAACGACUACUCAUUUAGUGGAAUAUGGGAUGUCAUGGAAGUUCCAGGGUUACUUAUCGAAGAUCGCUCGAAAAUCUCAUAUCAGAUCCGAAUUCGACGGAAAACUCUCUUCUAUACUGUAAUUCUUAUAAUGCCGACAGUUCUGAUGGCAUUUCUGUCGAUGAUGGUUUUCUACCUGCCAUGUGAGGCAUCCGAGAAGAUCACCUUGGCCAUCAGUAUUCUUCUCGCUUUGGUCGUUUUUCUUCUACUCGUCUCAAAGAUACUCCCUCCUACAUCAUCGACUAUUCCACUCAUGGCAAAGUACCUUCUGAUGACUUUCAUAAUGAAUAUGAUCACCAUCAUGGUUACUGUGGUCAUUAUAAAUGUCUACUUUCGUGGCCCAGCUACCCAUACGAUGCCCCAAUGGGUCCGAACACUGUUUAUAAAGCAUCUACCAUUGCUUCUGAUCAUGAAACGACCGGAGUUCACAGAAAUCGAGCUGAAGCGAGCACGUGAAGAGCGACGUGAACGACGGGGUAUCCGUGGCAUGCUUCAAGCCAUUCGUGCCCAUAACGACAGGGCACCUAAUGGCACCGGGGAUGGGGAGCCGGGUGAUGGGCGCUCAGAUAACAAAGAGGGCUUGUCCCAGGAGGCCACCCAGGCCAUUGAAGCAAUCGAGUAUAUCACAAAGCACCUUACACGGGACAAUGACUAUAAAAGGAAGUGUGACGAAUGGAAAUUCGUAUCGAUGGUGCUCGAUCGCCUUCUGCUGUAUAUAUUUUUUGCAGCAACAUUGGGAGGUACAAUUGGAGUGCUGUUCUCAGCUCCAAAUGUGUUCGAAUACGUGGAUCAAGCCGCAGUAAUAGAGAAACUAAAACAAGCUGCUGCAGCCGAACAGAACACAUCUGCUUAG